UACUCUGUAAUCUGUGAACCAUAGACCUAAUAUAUUAUUAUUAUAUUAGGUCUAUGCUGUGAACGAAUACCUAACCUACGUAAAUAACCAUUCGUAUUUCGUAGUGAUCAUCAGUGUAUACUUGUGUUAUCUGGGAAACUAAUAUAAAUCUAGUGUUCUAGUUACUACAGUCCACCGCUAAAAUGGACGGUAAUGCGUCGCAAAGCCCUGCAGAUAAUAAAGUUACAGGAUGUGGAAUAUGUCGGUUACCCUUGAAAAAUAGUGAACAAUUUCGAGCACAUUAUAAAACAGAAUGGCAUAAUUAUAAUUUGAAGAGAAAUAUUGUCGGAUUACCACCAUUGACUCCAGAGGAAUUUAUAUUGAAAUUUAACAAUUUGGAGCAAAAGCAACUGCCUUCAAAGAAGAAAGUAACAAAUUAUCGUUGCUAUGAAUGUAACAAAAAGUUUUCUAGCAAUAGCACCUAUGAUGAUCAUCUUCAAUCUAAGAAGCAUCAAAAGAACAUCAGAAAUACAAAGGAAGAUGUCCAAAAUAAUGUUCCUAAAGAAGAGUCUGAUAUUGAAGAAGAUUCUGAUGUUGAAGAAGUUGAUUCUGAUGAGUGGGAUAAUGAUAACGAUAAUCCUUUAGAUAGAAAUCAAUGUCUAUUCUGUUCCCAUCUAAGUGACAAUUUCUAUAAAAAUUUAGAACACAUGACUUCAUUUCAUUCCUUUUUCAUUCCAGAUGUUGAAUAUUGUAUAGACAUCACAGGAUUAUUGAGGUACCUUGGGGAAAAAGUAUAUAAACAUUACAUAUGUCUUUGGUGCAAUGAAAAAGGUAAAACAUUUUACACAUCUGAUGCUGUUAAAGCACAUAUGGUAGAUAUGGGCCAUUGUAUGAUGAUUUACGAAGGAGUAGCCCUCACCGAAUAUGUUGAUUUUUAUGAUUAUUCUUCUUCAUAUCCAGACACACAAAAUGGUGUAAAUGAAGAUGCAGAGGUACCUGUAAACAUACUUGAAGGCUCUGAAUUUAGUUUAGUUUUACCAUCUGGCAUUACAAUUGGUCAUAGAAGUAUGAUGAGAUAUUAUAAACAAAAUGCUUCCCGUACAUCUGCUGUGGUUCCAUCAAAAAAUACUAAAAAACUCCACAAAGUUCUGGCAACCUAUAGAGCAUUAGGUUGGUCACAAUCAGAUCAAGAGCAGGCUGCAAGGAAAGCAAGAGAUAUACACUAUUUGAAGAGAGUCCAGUCCAAAUUAUACACAAAACUAGGAGUGAAACAGAACAAGUUCCAAAAACACUUCAGACAACAAGUGAACUUUUGAUCAAUCGAAGGAAUACUGUCUGUCAUCAACGUGGCAUCAAUGAAGGCAUACUUAGAUAAAAUGUGUUUCAAAUUAAAAAUAUUGUUUUUACUAAUAAUAAUAAUAAUUUAUUCAUACUUAUCUCACAAAAUACAUGUAAAACAGCGUAUAAACAAUAAUAAAAACAAUAACAAUAUUUA